GCGCAUUCGUAACGCCACCGCCGUCGCGUGUAGAUGUGUCACGCUCGCUUUCUAAAUGUUUUUAAUCGAUUUACGCAUAUUAAUCGAGCUGUCCGCUUUAAUAAUAUAUUAUAAUUUAUUCCUGUACAAAGUUUUCGAUUAUAUAGUCGUGAAUUUGCUGGACAUUGGUCAGCUCAUGAUAUCUGAUUUGGACGACGAUUAGUGCUAUGGUUUAGUUUUUUUUGUUGUUAUUUUAUUUAUUCAACCUGUGAUAUUAGUUAUUAAUAUUUAUUAGAUUUGAAGUGUUUUUUCGUUGUUUGGUGAUAUGACGGAAAAAAGUGGUGUUAUCACUAUUCAUCAUAUGCGCCUGCACCGCUGUGAAGGCUGCCUCGCGGCCUGCCGGCCCGAGCGCGGCGCUAGGAGUCUAGUCAGCAGCCAACUGAAGAAAGCGAGACGGUCUCCCUACACAGCACCGCCUCUGAACAUGGAGAAAAUCAAAAUGGCGGAACCUAAGCCACCUACGCCGCCAGACAAUAAUGCACCACCGAUGCCGUGGUUCGGCAUGGAUAUCGGUGGUACACUGACCAAGCUAGUGUACUUUGAGCCUCGGGAGACCAACCGCAGGGAGCUAGACAAAGAGACCGAGAUACUGAAGAACAUACGGAGGUAUCUCACGAGGAACUCUGCGUACGGGAAGACUGGGAGACGGGAUGUACAUUUACAGAUGGAAAAUGUAACGAUUCGAGGGAGACGCGGCACUCUACACUUCAUACGCUUCCCCACGAGCGAAGUGGGCGCAUUUCUGCAAUUGGCUCGCUCCAAGGGGAUGGCGACUCUAGUUAACACUAUAUACGCGACCGGCGGCGGCGCGUACAAGUUUGAAGUCGACUUUAUUAAGGAAGUAAACAUGAACCUGUCGAAACUGGACGAGCUAGACGCGCUAAUAGCUGGCGUCCUGUUCGUAGACUCCAUGAACCCCCAGGAGUGUUACUACUGGGCACCCCCAGAGUCUAUUACCAACCAAGAUACGCCGCCAUACCUCGAAGCCUCCCUGAGCCAAUACGUCAGAAAACCCUUUGACUUCUCGAACCCGUACCCCUUCCUGCUGGUCAACAUCGGCAGUGGGGUUUCCAUGCUAGUGGUCAACGCUCCUAAUGACUACUACAGGGUUAGUGGUACGAGUCUUGGAGGUGGUACAUUCCUAGGGCUGUGCUGUCUUUUGGCGGGCUGCAGCAGUUUCGAAGAGGCUAUAGCGCUAGCGGCGGCGGGUGACAACACUACUGUCGAUAAGCUAGUGCGGGACAUCUAUGGGGGGGACUAUGAGAGGUUCGGCUUGAGGGGGGACUUGGUGGCUAGCAGUUUCGGCCACAUGUGUUCCGCGGAGCGUCGCGCCAAGGUGUCCCGGGAAGACCUGGCGCGGGCCACGCUAGUGACGAUAACCAACAACAUCGGGUCAAUCGCGCGGCUUUGCGCGUCCAACGAGCGGCUAGAACGGGUGGUGUUCUGCGGCAACUUCCUGCGUGUGAACCCACUGUCUAUGAAGCUGCUUUCCUACGCCAUGUCCUACUGGUCACGCGGGGCUCUCAAAGCGCUGUUUUUGGAACAUGAGGGCUACUUCGGUGCAGUAGGGUGUCUCCUGCACUACGACAGCGCGAACCACAAGCCAGAGAAGCCGCCGCCGCAAGCGCCCGGGGCGCCGCCCGAGCCCAGCUCCGCGGAUAGAUAAUGCAGCGUUUUCCUCACUAAUGGCGUUUCUAUAUAGGGAGUCCCUUUUGACAUGCCACAGGCUAAACUGAUCACAGAGGGCGCCACUAGAGGACCGGCUAAUGUCAAUGUCAAAAUCAACAUUGUUUUUUUUAUUUGCUGCUGUUCGAUUGCGGUAGAUUGUCACGAUGGCUAUCACCUCUGAUUAUUAUAGAUCGUUUCAACGAAUAGUUCCUAUGGCGUUAUGUUGGCUCCCCUGUCUAAGUCUUUGGCACCAUAUUGGCAUGUGAAGACGCAGAUUUUACUUAAUUUCAUUUGAUUCAUGAAAAUGGCGUUAGGUUGGCUCCCCUGUCUGUCUAAGUCAUUGGCACCAUAUUGGCAUGAGAAGACGCAGAUUUCGCUUAUUU